CAGAGCAUGGGCGGGGGCGGGAGAGGAGGCAGGGCUCGCACUCAAAGAAAGCACUUCCAGCAGAGCAGAGAGAACGUCUGGAAGCAUCCAAAACCUCCUCCUUCUUCCCAGAAUGGACACGAUAAUGCUACUUGGACGCCAUUUGCCACUCAGAAUUCUGCUUUUGAUGAGUAUUACAAGGAGCAAAGGAUAGUGGCCUCUGAAGAGUGGGACACUUUCGUGGAAGUUCUCAGAACUCCAUUGCCUGCAACCUUCCGAAUCAACUCGAGUAGCCAAUUUUCUGCGGACAUUCGGUCACAGCUGGAGAAUGAUUUCUUGCAAUCUCUUCAAGCCGAGGUUGUUGAAGGCGGCGAGACAGAGGCUAUUAGACCAUUGUUGUGGUACCCUGAAAAUCUUGCGUGGCAUACAAAUUUUUCCCGGAUGCAGUUGAGGAAGAACCAAACACUUGAGAGGUUCCAUGAAUUCUUAAAGCUAGAAAAUGAAAUUGGAAAUAUUACAAGACAAGAAGCUGUCAGCAUGGUGGGCCUGUUUAUAUACUGUACCCCCCCUGUUUUUGGAUGUACAUCCAAGUCAUUUUGUACUCGACAUGUGUGCUGCGCCAGGCUCAAAAACAUUUCAACUGCUUGAGAUUAUAUACAAAUCAUGUAAAGCGGGAUCACUGCCUGAUGGAAUGGUAAUGGCGAAUGAUCUUGAUGUCCAAAGGUGUAACCUUCUCAUCCACCAAACAAAACGAAUGUGUACAGCCAACCUAAUUGUCACCAAUCAUGAAGCUCAGCACUUCCCAGGAUGCCGUUUAAACAGAAAUCAUGAAACCAUAAGUUCAGAUCAGCAUAUUAGCCAACUUUUAUUUGAUCGUGUUUUGUGUGAUGUCCCAUGUAGUGGAGAUGGUACCCUUCGCAAGGCACCUGAUCUUUGGAGGAAAUGGAGCACAGGAAUGGGCCAUGGGCUUCAUAGCCUACAAGUUCUAAUAGCUAUGCGAGGUGCAUCUCUGCUUAAAGUUGGUGGAAGAAUGGUUUAUUCAACCUGCUCAAUGAACCCUAUAGAGAAUGAAGCUGUGGUUGCGGAGAUUCUGCGGAGGUGUGGAGGGUCUGUUGAACUUGUUGAUGUGUCUCAUGAGCUUCCACAACUUAUUCGCCGGCCAGGUCUCAAGAGAUGGAAGGUACUUGACAAGGGUAUGUGGCUGGGGUCUUACAAAGAUGUUCCCAACUCACGCAGAAGUGUAAUUCAUCACAGCAUGUUUCCUUCUGGCAGAAGCUUUCAGGAUCUUUUUGAUAGCAAUCAUAAUGUAGACAUGCAAAAUGAUAUUAAUGAUGGUGAUAAUGGAGAUUCUGAAGAUAGUGUUCAGACAAUGGAGAAUUCUACGACAAAUGAUUUUACUGAGGAAGUUUCUAAUUUCCCUCUAGAGCGUUGUGUGAGGAUUGUGCCUCAUGACCAAAACUCUGGAGCCUUCUUUAUUGCUGUACUUCAAAAAGUUUCUCCUCUGCCAGCAAUUCAGGAAAAACCUAAAAGAGGAAUCGCUAAGAAGCAUGUAAAACCAGCAAACCCGGAUAUUGAGGAUAAGGAGGUGUUGCAGGUUGAUUUAUUAGAAAAUACAUCUAAGGAAGUUUUGGAAGCGGUUUCAGUGGCUGAUGUAAGUGAAAUUGAAUCCAACAUCAUGGACUUGGAAGUUAGGUCUUCUGUUUCACAUGAAGAAUGGAAUUCAGGGGAAGAAGCCCGAGAGCCUGAAAAUGCAGAAAGCAUAGCAAGGGUGGCUCAGGGAAAAAGAAAGCUGCAGAUUCAGGGCAGGUGGAGAGGCGUGGACCCUGUUAUCUUCUUCAAAGAUGAUGUUAUUAUUAACAGCAUAAAGGCAUUCUACGGUAUUGAUAAGCAGUUUCCAUUCAAUGGUCACCUGAUUUCGAGAAACAGUGAUCCAAACCAUGUGAAAAGGAUUUACUAUGUCUCCAAAUCAGUCAAGGAUGUUCUCGAACUAAAUUUCUCCGUUGGGCAGCAGCUAAAAAUUGCAUCGAUUGGUCUGAAGAUGUUUGAAAGACAAUCAUCACGGGAAGGUAGCUCUGCACCAUGUUCUUUCCGGAUAUCAUCUGAAGGGCUGCCCGUUAUUCUCCCAUAUAUCACCAAGCAGAUUAUACAUGCAUCUCCUGUAGACUUCAAGCGUCUUCUGCAGAAUAAAGCUGUAAGAUUUGCAGAUUUUGUUGAUGCCGAGUUUGGUGAAAAGGCUGCAAACCUUAUGCUAGGAUGUUGCGUGGUGGUUCUGGGUAAAGGAAACAUAGCUGAUUCGGAGUCCUUCCAGGUGGAUGAGUCCACCAUAGCCAUUGGAUGCUGGAAGGGCAGGGCCAGUCUGACAGUGAUGGUUACUGCAACCGAUUGCCAAGAACUGCUUGAGAGGCUACUUGUACGUCUAGACUCAACAUGGCUCUUCUGUGCUCGUAGACAAGCAGUCCAAUAAUGGAGGCGAUGAAGGAGACGGCUUGAAAGGCAAAACUAUGACUAAUGGAAGUUCAUAGGUAAAGGAUAUGGGGAAAAAUUUAGGUCCAGUUUUUAUGAAUUUGUUAUUUAAGGUCUUUAUUUUUCAUUAGAAGUAGAACAAGUGAAGGAACAUUUUCUUCAGAAGAAUUAAUGAUGUGCCGCUACUCACUACGUUAUAGAAACUCUUCAUUUGCAUACUUCUAUUAGAAGAACCUUAUAACAAAUACUCAAGGGGUUUUGUCAAA